GCGCGCCCUGUGCACUCAGCUCUCAUCAGUCUAGUCCAGACGGUUCAACCCCGCGCACCCGUCGCCUCUCUCUCUCUCUCUCUCUCUCUCUCUGGUCCUCCUCUAUUUUACACAUCCUGUAUAUAGAGCAGUUUUCGUGCAACAAGCCGAGUGUGAGCAGUCUCUCUGUCCCAAGUGCCUAGUGUCCGUAGAUCCGGGGUGUUGUCGUCCUCUUCGGAUACAUCGCGUAACGACACAACAGUAUAGAGCUGUAUACACACACACACACAGAGAGAAGAGCAGUGAAGGAACUCGCAUGUAGUACACGUAUAUACAGUGGUGUAUAGGCAGGCGGGAGGAGAAGUAGUCGCCAGUAUAUAGGCAGCAGCUCGGAUGGAUCCGGGCCUGACUCGGCGACGGCGGCGGCGACGUCGCAAGCAGCAGCACCAGCUCGCAGGAGUAGCGUGAUGGCGGAGACUAGUACGAGCUGACGACGGACGCGACUAUUCCACGAGUUGCCGGAUGACAAAAACGAGCGCAGCAGCAGCAGCAGCGACGGCGGCGGUGGCGGCAGCGUUAUAUUAGUCAUGAGCCAGGCUGCGCCAGCCAGCAGCAGCGGAAUAAAAAGAAAGGAAGGAGCAGCAGUGCAGUGGCUGCUGCAGCAACUCGAGUGCGGCCGGCUUUGAAUUUUGAAUAGAGAAAAAAUAAUUGCGCUGCCGGAAAUGAAUAAUUCAGGGAGUCCGCGGCGGCCGCCCUGACAGCCCUGCAUACACACUGCGCCGCAGCGAGAGCUAGAGAGCGAGCGAGCUUAACACACGACUGGCAGAGCCUGCCAGUGAGAGACAACCAGUGCACUGGAGCCGGGCAGCGAGGUCAAUUCAUUGACCUUUGCGCCGCCUCCAGCCGAGCGAGCGGCAAACAUUAGCAGGCAGGGCGAGAAGCGCGUCACCUUCCUCGAGCACCCCAUCCAAUUGGCCGCUGCUGCCGCGGCGGCCGCCGACUCUUGCGAAGCCUGCAGCAUCUCCUCCUCGAGCUUCUACGUACUGCCGCCGAGCAUCUACGGCCAAGACGACGACGAGCAGGACGAGGAGCCUGAGCCGGACGAGGAGGAGGAAGAGGAGGACGACGACGGCCAAGACGAGGAGGAGGAGGAGGAGGACGAGCAGCAGCCCCAGCACCAGCACCCGCACCAGCAGCCGCACCAGCACCCGCACCAGCACCCGCACCAGCACCCGCACCACCACCGGGAGCUCGCCGAGAUGGAGAAGGACCCGAGACAGCCCGCCGGCUGCUACCGGGCCUACGAGGGUCUCAAGUCCACCAACAACGGCAACACCUCCUCGCUGAAGCGACCCGCCGGCGCCGGCAUGCACCACCACCAGGGCAAGCAGCCCCAGCACCCGCAUCAGCACGAGCCGCCGAGCAGCCAGAGUUCGCAGGUGCGCUGCCUCUGCUUCGGCGGCGUGCCCGACAAGGCCAGCCGACACUCCUUCCUCAAGGGCUGCCUCAUCAACCUGGCCAUCUGCGUGAUCCUCGUCCUUUACACGCUCCUCGGCAGCUUCAUCUUCCUCUACAUAGAGGGCUCCAGCGACUCGCCGCCGCCCCUCCACCCGCGCGGCGUGCCGCACCACGUGUCCGCCCGCAACAACGCCACCUGGCUCAAUCAGAUCAACGAGGCGCGGGUCCACACGGUGGAGAACCUCUGGAACACGACGGUCAAGCUGAACAUCCUCUACCACGAGAACUGGACGAGACUGGCGUCCGAGGAGAUCGCCAGGUUUCAGGACCAGCUGAUCAGGACGCUGACGGACAACCUGAUGUCGGGCUCGAUCACGCACACCGGCAGCGCCGACGUCACCGGCCAGAAGAUCGUACACUACGAGUGGAACUUUGCCAGAGCCUUCCUCUACUCGCUCACCGUCCUCACCACCAUAGGCUACGGGAGCAUAGCGCCCCGCUCGACUCUCGGCAAGCUGGUGACGAUAAGCUACGCCUUCGUGGGCAUCCCUCUGACGCUGAUCUACCUGUCGAGCGCCGGGGGUCUGCUGUCCAGGUGCGCGAGGGGCGUCUUCACGCGGGCGCUCUGCUGCUGUCUCUGCUCCAACUGCGGUUACUGCUGCUACGACGAGAGGCGGAUGCAGGUGAGCGAGAAGGAGCGACGCAUGCGAAAGCGGAGGCAGCAGGAGGAGAUGGCCCAGCAGCAGCAGCAUCACCAGCAGCACCAGCAGCACCAGCAGCAGCUGGGAGGCCUGCAGGAGCCGUUCUACGUGCGGGCCAACGCGAACGCGAGCUACCCCAACUCGCUGGACGUCAAGUCCAGUCCGAAGGACGAGGUCUCGAGCCUCAGCUCCGGGGACAGGCCCAACGUCACGAUCCUCGCGCCCAUCAGCAUCUGCCUGGGGGCCAUGCUCUGCUACAUCGUCGCCGGAGCCUUCACCCUCCACAAGCUCGAGGGCUGGGACGUGAUAGACGCGAGCUACUUCUGCUUCAUGAGCCUGUCGACGAUCGGCUUCGGCGACAUGGUGCCCGGCAGCUACCCGAGCUUCAGCACGAUGGAGCCGCGCAACGCGACCGUCUGGUUCUGCUCGUGCUACAUCAUGAGCGGCAUGGCGCUGACGGCCAUGUGCUUCAACAUCCUGCACGACGAGAUCGUGCAUCGGCUGUCGCACCAGCAGCAGCAACAGCAGCACCAGCAGCAGCACCACCAGAACCACCAGCACCUGCAGCACCAGCACCACCACCAGUCGGCGGAGAAGCAGGAGCCAAGGCCGCCCCCGGUGGACGAGCUCUCGGCCGAGCCGUUCGCCAUCAACAGCUCGUGACAAUUUCCCGGCAGCAAUCACCACCACCACCAGCUCAUGAUGAGCUGCCAGCAGCGCAGCCUCGCCGAGGAGUCGCUCUGCAUGAGCGAGCCGCCCGGCGGCAUCUUCGCCCACGACAACGAGAUCAACAUACUCAAGGACUCGUACAACCAGGUGGACGUGACGCGCGACUGCAAGCCCAGCAUCCUCAAGCCCAUCUUCGAGCAGCAGCAGCAGCAGCAGCAGCCGCUUGGCAGCGAUCAGCAGCUGAGGGCCGUCGCGGUACCCGUGCCGCCCUGUCUGCCGCCGAUGCCGCCCAUGCCUCCCCCGCCCCCGGCCGCCGUGUCCGCGGCGGCCACUGCCGUCUACACACUGCCAGAACUCGACGAGGACAUCGACGAGGACAACACUCCCAUGUGAAGAUGAAGAUGAAGAUGAUGAUGAUGAUGAUGAUGAUGAUGAUGGUGCCACGACGACCUACCUUUUCUACUCGCUCUGAUGAUACGUACGCGCGGCUCGAUUAAACAUGAAAGGCUAUCCACUAUUGUCGUAUAUAAUCGUCGUAUAAUUAUAAUAUCAUACGUAUAUCCUAAUCAGAAUAUCGCAUACUCGUAACGGAUAAUGACUGUCAAUGCUCGAAAACUCUAUGCUCAAGAACAAUAACUAACGUAUAAUGCAAUUCUUUCAAUAGCAAAGUAAGACAGUUUUGCGCUCUCGGCUCGACAGUUUCUUUCUUUUCUCUCUCUCGCUCGCUCGGCCUCCUAUUUUCCCUCAUUACGGCCCCCGCACCUCUGAAAGCAGCGGCGGCGACGGCAGCAACAACAAGAACUACAAGAAGAAGCUUUCCCCUCUUCGAUCCUCUUUGCUUUUUGCGAAUUCCCUUUUUCUUUUCUUCUUUUUCCGAUGCCGAUGUAGUUAUAUAUAGUAGCUGCUGGCUCUGCUGGCCGCUCUCUCUCUCUCUCUCUCUCUCUCUCUCACCGCCUCCUGGGAAAUAUGAGGGAGCCUCUUUUCUCUUUCUAUCGCACGCGCACGCCGCCGCACACCACGCGCGGGUCCCGCGCACGUCCACUACUCUAUACUGCCUACCCUUCGAAAACUUUAUCCGCCAAUUUCACUGGGCGGAAAAUUCCAAUGAAAGUCAAACGCCAUGGGAAUUGUCGUUUUUCCUCCCCAUCCUCGCUCUCUCUUUCCGCUUUUUUGCCUAAUGCCUAAUCAACUCGAAUAACUCCGAUCGCAGAUUUUCCCAUUAUUUAUUUUCUCCCUCUCUACGCCCCUCUUUCUUUGCCAUUCUUUGGUAACUACACUUUUAUACACUGCAGCUGGUGUACAGGCAACGCUGUCUUACUAUUGUACUCGAUGGCGCUAAAUCAGUGUUUAUAAAUAAAAAAUGAAAAAUCAUCGUCGUCGUCGAUUUAACCAACGGCUAAAAGUUUCAAUGUAAAUACUCGAUAACGGGACAUAUAAGUAUGAAGAAUUAAGUACGCGCAAUUAAUCGAGGUGAAUUAUCGCAAGUAUAUAGUCAGAAACAAAAAAAAAAUACGAUACACUUAUAUAGAAUAUACAUACGAUACAUAAAACUAGGAUUAUUUUUUACUUCAAGCUCGAAUCAAGAAAACUCUAAAAUUAUUCAUAAUAUCUAUAUACCUGUGUAAAAAGCCAAAACACUUUUACUGAACAGUAAGACACCGAGAAAGCACCGAGAAAGCUCUUUUACACGAUCGCAAUUACUAUAAGUAUAAUAUAUUGAUCUCCCAGAAAUUCAUUAUACGCAUUAUUAUAAGUAUAUAUCUUAUCUUUUGAACAGCUACACCACAAAUGAAUAUUGUAUAAAACGUUGAAGUAUAUGAUGCAGAUUUUACUUACAAAUUUAUAAAUCUUCUUGUUACAACACGUUUCGAUUUUUUGUAAACUUUUAUACUGUUUGUAUGAUACACGAUAUUCGUGUGUAACAGGUUUAAACGGUUUGUCGCCUGAGAUGAGGGACAGCUAUUGUGUUGAUAAUUAUAAAAUGAUGUAUUAAUCGCGAGUAUCAAAGGAAGAAAAAUAAGCAAAAAAAAGAAAAAAAAGACGAGAUAAAAGAAAAGUCGAGAAAAAGGGGAAUAAAAAAGAUGAUUAUUUAAAAACUUUACAUUAUUUUUCUAGAAGUGCAGUAAAAAAUAAAAGCGAUAAGAGGAGAAAGAAGUAGGAGGAAAGCGAACUGUGCACUAAAAUCAAAGAAACAUCGUUUUGCCAUUUUCCGAUAGUAACUUUUUCACGCUCAAGUAUAUAAGAAUUAUAAGACAAAGGAGGGAAAAGCUGUAGCAAGCGAGAAGAGGGGAGGAAAUCAAAUCAAUUCAUCGUGUUCGGUGUAAACGAGAGGCUAUACGAUAAGAAUCCGAUACAUAAAAUAGGUAUAUACUGGUAUAAAGCAUAUAGUUCGUGAAGUUUUAAGGCGCGGGAUAAAUAAAUGUGUAAUAGGGAACGAAGGAAUGAAUGGAAACGAUCCGCGCGGCGGCGGUGGCAGCAACGACGACGGCAUACAAUUUUGCGCGCCGCAGAUGUCGAAAAGUCUUGGCUUCGAAAGAGAGUGAGACGACGAGAGCAGAGCGCUCGCGGGAAACGAUAAUCAAUAUUUUCUACGUACACGCUUGGCAUUUGACUGCAGCGAGCGCGAGAGCGCGCGUUAUAUAUGUGUGUGUGCGGACGAACGCGCGACGAGAACGAGAGCGAGAGAGAGAGAGACGAGUGGCUUGGAAAAUAUUUCCAUACGGAAAUGUCACGAUGUACAAGAUCGGACUGCGGCUCGAUUCACGCGUGACGUUUAUUCCUCGACGUCAAAUGUAUUCCUAUAUGAAAAGAUUCGCGCCCGCGCGCGCAUAUGCUGCUGCAGAGCGCGGAACGGGCAGAAAAGGCAAUUCCUUUUCACCCAUCCACACAGCACAGAGACAUCGCACACCCACACCCACGCACGUACACACACACACACACACACACUGACACUCUGACACAUUGUAAAUAUAUAUACAUUUAUUUAAAAGUCGACGUCCUGGUGUAAAAUACAAUACUGUAUACACGUCUGUAUAAUCGUGUUUGUCGAGCAAUGUAUAUCUUAAAGUAAUUAAUAAAAGGAUUGAUGAAAUUAAA